AAGACCUGACCUCCCAAGCUUGGGAGCGCAUCUUACUUUCCACAGCUUGGUGCUUACCUCAAAGUCUGAUACAGAAAAAAAAAUUAAUUGGUACUCCUUGGAGUACACAAGCCUCGGCACCCUCCAGCAGCCCAGACCUGUGGCUUUCUUCAAGCAUGGAGAACUUGAACUUGUUGGGAUUCCUCUUCAUCACCUUAAACUGUAAUGUGACCAUCAUGGGCAUGCUCUGGCUGAUCGUGGCAGUCUUGCUAAGAAUGCUGGUGGUGGUCUUGGCAGGGUCACCUAUCUAUGAGGAUGAACAAGAGAGAUUUAUUUGCAACACAUUGCAACCAGGAUGUGCCAACGUUUGCUACGACCUCUUUUCCCCAGUGUCACCGCUGCGGUUCUGGCUGGUGCAGAGUCUGGCCUUGCUUCUGCCAUCGGUGGUCUUUGGCACCUACACCCUGCACCGCAGCACGAAGCUGGCUGCAGCGGCAGCCUGCAGGCCCCAGGUGCCCGACCUGUCGUCUGCCUACCUGGUGCACCUACUGCUUCGCAUGCUGCUGGAGGCGGGGCUAGCUUUCCUGCACUACUUUCUCUUUGGCUUUUCGGUGCCCGCCCACGUGUCUUGCUCACGUGUGCCCUGCUCAGGAGCUGUAGACUGCUACGUGUCGCGACCCACGGAGAAGUCCCUCCUGAUGCUAUUCUUUUGGGCAGUGAGUGCACUGUCCUUCCUGCUCAGCUUGGUUGACCUGCUUUGCAGCCUGCCGAAGAGGACACUGAGGACCACGCAGUGGGUGAAGGGAGAGGCCAGAGCAGGCUGUGAAGUCCCUGCACCUUCCCCUUGCCUCUUACAAGACCCUCAGGGCUAUCAUAGCCAGGGACAGGUAGACCAGGAGGCCAGACAGGAGGAGCAGGUUGUGCCUGAGUUCUCCGUGUGGACAGCGGGGCAGGGCGGCAACAGCAAGGCUGGUCAGGUCAGUGCGUCAGGGUUGCUGGAGCAUUCAGACCAAGAUGUUAGUGAGGUCACUUCCUCAGCAGGUGACAGGCUGGCAGUGGCUCAAACACCGCAUGAAUUUAGAUCCUACAGAGAGACUUCACCAGACCUGGGGAGCAAAAACACCCGAUCAGAUGCGCUUUCCUUGGCUACCCAGAGUCACCUGGCCAGACACUGUUCAGCCAGCCAGCCUCAAGCUCCAGGUCGGCUGACCACCUCAGGCAGUGCCCCCCAUCUGAGAACCAAAAAGUCUGAGUGGGUAUGAAGGCAACCAUGCAGAGCCCUAAAGCCCUUUCUCCAGCCUUGUACCGCUCUUUGCGUUUUGACAGGGUAAGAGGUCUCUUCAUCUUGUAUUCUUGCUGAGAUCAUUUUAUAUUUAACAAGAAAUUUUAUUUCCAUGGUGUAGAAUCCCAUGGAAAAUUAUCCUAUACUAUUCUAAGAACCUGAGGUCGAGAUGGUCCAGCUAACUUAGUUUCUGUUAAACUGCUUGCUUGGGCAAACCUCUUUCUCCAUCUAAUCACUUAUUUUAGCUUUUAUUGAAUUGCUUGAUUAAGCACAAGCUCCCUCUGCAGCUUCAGAGCGAGACACCAAGAUGCCUUUAAAAAAAGACCCUGCCAGGUCUGGUAUGGUCUUCGUAGGGCUGGAAUAACAUGGUUCCCACCCCUGGAACAUGGCGAACAGGGCAAAUGCCUCCACUAGUUAAAAUGGCUGCGGUAAGGCUUGUUUAUAUAAUACUGUACAUGUUUUAUGCUGCUUUUUCAAGGAAUGCCCUCCCCCUCAACAUUAAUGACUUCAUGAUAAUUAGAGACAGCAUGAGUCCGAAAGGCAAAGGCCUAGCUGAUGUCUCAGCAGACUCGUAAAUGCUGGGACCUUCAGGAUAGACCUUAAGGCUGUGGGAAGGAACUCUGGAAACAUGAGUUAAAAACAUAUGUAAUUUCUCAACUAUGCAGAUAUAAGGAUGCAGUGUGAAUUGUAUGAGGGCUUUGCAAACCGGAAGGAACAAGAGCAGCUAUGAGUCAACUCGUCAGAAAGAUCCCAAGGAGGGAGAUGGAGAGAUUGGGAAGUGGCCAUCUCAGGAGAUCUCACCCAACUAAGAUUUCUGCUUGUGCUUACAAAGGCAAAUAGAUUCCUGAGUUCAAAGUCUGCCUCAGACAGAGCAAGAUUCGACCCAGGCAUGGUCCCACCUAGCUAACAGAGGCAGGCAGAUCUCUGAAUUCUUUUGCAAUGUUUAAAAAAAUCUGUCUCCAAAGAGCCAAGAGGUCAUGGGAUGCUGAUUCAUAGGAUAGUCAAAAGGGAAC